ACGUGGGAAGGGUCUGGCUGGGAGCGGAAGCGGCGUGAAGUGCUCUUAAAAUGGCGGCGUCGUGAAGUUGCAUGUUGUGGGGGCCUCCGCUGAGUCCGUUGGGAGGAACUGCCAGUUUUCGCCGCUGCCUCCCUCCGCCGCCCCUCGCCAUGGCGGUGACCGUCACCCUGAAGACUCUGCAGCAGCAGACAUUCAAGAUCCGAAUGGAGCCCGACGAGACGGUCCGAGUACUUAAGGAGAAGAUUGAGGCUGAAAAGGGCAAGGAAGCUUUCCCCGUGUCAGGCCAGAAGCUUAUAUAUGCUGGCAAGAUCCUGAGUGAUGAUGUCCCCAUCAAGGAGUACAAGAUUGAUGAGAAGAACUUCGUAGUGGUGAUGGUCACCAAGAACAAAACAGGCUCAGGAGCUCCUGUUUCUUCACCCACUGACGCAGCACCCACCUCAGAACCCACACCAUCCUCUGGGCCUACAGCAGCUACCAUCUCACCCCUCCAAGCAACCCCAACAAGUGAGGAAAAGCCUCCUGAAGAGUCAGUGACUGUUUCCCCCCUGGAAUCUACAGUUGGCUCUGUUCCCUCUUCAGGUAGCAUGGGACGUGAAGAUGAUGCAGCUUCCACUUUAGUUACUGGCUCAGAAUAUGAGACAAUGCUGACUGAAAUCAUGUCAAUGGGCUAUGAGCGAGAGCGGGUAGUGGCAGCACUACGGGCGAGCUACAACAACCCGCACCGAGCUGUGGAAUACCUGCUGACGGGCAUACCGGGUAGUCCAGAACCUGAGACAGCUCCCAUCCAGGAGAGCCAGCCCCAAGACCAGUCUGCACCAGAAGGAGAGAACCCUCUGGAAUUUCUGCGAGAUCAGCCCCAGUUCCAGAAUAUGAGGCAGGUGAUACAGCAGAAUCCAGCCUUGCUUCCAGCUUUGCUCCAGCAGUUAGGCCAAGAGAACCCUCAGCUGCUCCAGCAAAUUAGUCAGCAUCAAGAGCAGUUCAUUCAGAUGCUCAAUGAACCUCUGGGUGAAAUGGCUGACAUCGCAGACAUCGAGGGAGAGAUGGGUGCUAUUGGGGAAGAAGCUCCCCAGAUGAACUACAUCCAAGUUACGCCUCAGGAAAAAGAAGCCAUAGAAAGGUUAAAGGCCCUGGGCUUUCCUGAGAGUCUGGUGAUCCAGGCAUAUUUUGCUUGUGAGAAGAAUGAAAAUCUGGCAGCCAACUUCCUGCUGAGUCAGAACUUUGAUGACGAGUGAUAAAGGAAAAGAGUUUUAUAUAAAAUUCUCUAUAUAAAUAUUCGUUUAUUUAAAGGGGCACUACUGGGGUUGGGAGGGGUGGUAUGAUUUAAGAAUGUCCCCAAUGAAUUGCUGGCUAGAGGAAAAUACUCUACCUUGGAAAUGGGGCAGUCGGGGAAAAAGCAGAACAAAUGGACCUUCUGUUCUCUUCUCAAAAACAAGGGCGGCAUUUGAGCCCAGCUGCAUCCCACAACAGUCCUUAGACUGGCAAGCAAGGUGUUCAGGGAAAGGUUGGCACAGCAGAUGGGUGCUGUUGGACCUUCUCCCAUCUCAGAUGAUUGCAUGUGUGCAAACAAAUUGCUCUUCUGUUUGCAAAUCUCACCCCUUCAUGCCAGUACACAGUGCUACAAUGCUGAAAUUUGUGCCCAUCCGUUAAUUCUGUUGCUGGUAUUCUCCCCUUCACUUUGCCUCAGUGUCAUUUUGAAACCAAUUCAUCCCCAUUCAAAAGGAUGGCUUGUGUUAGGUGAGUGACAUGCCUUCUGAUGGUCUGUUUGAUAUUUGUUCCUGUACUGGGGAAGCUGUGCCAGGCUGAUGGAAUUAUCUCAUAAUUUUGUGCACAAAAAUCACAUGUUUUUUUUCUAUCCUGUAUUUAUUUUUUGUCAUCACCCAGUAAGGCAACUGCCCAUCUUUUAUCUGCAGUUUCAUGACACUGCUCUUAAAAUCAUUCCCAAAGAAUAUUAGAACAGUUUUCCUAUACUCAUCCAACUUUAAACACUAGGGUUUUUUACUUUUUGAUUUUUUUUCUUUCUCUUUUUAAUGACAUCUCAGGUUUUUAGCCUGUUCUGCAGACACCUGGCUUUGAAGUCUAGCUCCUGGAGGUUGCCUGUGUAACAUCCAUUUUUAUCACCCAUCAUUUAACUUUAGGAAUUUGGAGCCUGCAAACCUUAAUAUAGUAGCAAAAAAAAAGUAGGAUUUUACAAACCCAAGUAAUAACUGAGUACCUUGAAGUAGCUUGAAACACAUGCUCUAAUUUUCUGUGUUGUGGGAAUUUUAAAGAAGUUUGUUUUUUCCUAGUAUUCUGAUUUUACUUGUUCAAAAUAUUUUUUAAUCUAAAGAUUUCUUUUCCUAAAAGAGAAUCCAUUAAUAGUUGGGGAUACAAAACUAAUACAAAGUAGUUCUGUAUUAGAUAUUUGAUAGGCUUUACUUUAUUAGUUUUGGAAAAUGACUGAAUUGACAUUUUCCUAAACAUUUUAAUAGGAAAACAUGCAAAGAAAGAUCCUGUUUUGAAUUACAUCUUUCAAACUGGAGCUGAACUUACUUCUGAUGAAAAAUCCAUGGUAUCUAGGGAAAUUGGCUUUAACACAUAGAUGGAUAGGUACAAAACUAAAUCUUUUUUUAGUUUUGAUCAUCCUUCAUUUUUCUGUGGGAAUGUUGGUCAAAGCUGUUUUUGGUUUGAGCAUCAAUAAACCUGUCAGUUAUCACAUGUUAACUCCCCAGCUUCCUUUGAUAAACCAAGCUGCCUUUCCUCACUAUCCCCAUAAAAAACCUGGGAGUCCCAUUCUUUCCUCAGUAUAUGCCCAUUGCAAAGAGAACCAGAGUAUUGCCUCUAUGCCUCCAAUAAUAAAUUCUGAAGCCAUACAUUACUGCUAAUUUGUGUGAUAUUGUUGUGUGACUAUGACUGACAGUGUGCAAUAUAUUCUUUAUAAAUUUAAUUUGAUUUCAGGACUGGUGGGUAGACAUGGAGGAAAGCAGACAUUUAAUUCGUAAGUUUGAAAAAGUGUCCAGUGUUCAGAGCACUUUUCCCCAACCAGGUGUCCUCCAUAUGUGUUGGGCUUCAUUUAUGUUAGCUAGAGAUUCUGAGAGUUGAAGUUCAACACGUCCAGAGGGCAGCAAAAUGACUGUAGUUUAAGGCCUAAAAGGAUAUAGUCUAGAUUGUUUGAAAAGAAAGUUGUUACCUUGACUGUGCUGGAAUGAGACCAGUUCUGCUAUGUUGUUGCAUCCAACAAAUUAGGCUAUAACUUAUGAUUGCCUUAUAAGUGCUAUUUGAGAUGGUAAUUUCAGUUGAUCAAAAUUUUAGAUAGCAUCAUGGUAUCUUUGGAUACUAAACAAAUUUGAAAAGCUGCUUCUGAAUUGACAUUUGGCAUGGAAAUACUUUUCAAAGUGGCAGUGAGGGUUAUCUACAUGCAUGCUUGCCCUGAACUGCUUGCUCCAGACUGUUAAUUUCUAGUUUCCUUAUCAGCAAGCAAGAACACUCAUGCUGAAUUAUAGCUUUCUUCAAAGUAGAUGGCUGAAUAUUGGGGUGAGUUGAUGAGAGUGUGUUGCCCAAUAAUGGGAUUUGGAUGCUUAAUUCUGUGCCUGAGACCCUGGGAUUUAAGGGAGAGCUUUCAGUACUCCUUAUUGCUCCUUUUCCCUUUUCAUGAUGAACAACAACAACAAAAAGGAUAAAGUAAGUAAAAUCAACAAACUCAAACACACAACUAGCAAAAUAUGUAGAUUGGCCUUGUCCAACCUGGUGCUCCAGAAAUGUUGGACUACAACCCUCUAAUCUCCCAACCAGGGUGGGUCCAGGGAUGGAUGUUACUGACUUAAUCCAUCCGGGGUGUACCAGGCUGGGGAAGGCUGAUGUACUUGCAACAAAAGUUCAGUUGCUAAGCACCAAAUUUUGAUUUGAAAGCACAUGUGCAUACCAGCAUGCAAUAUCUUUGAUACUGAGGCCUUGAUGAGAAAGAAAAACCUGCAGCUGCUUGUUUUGCAAAAUUGGUUAGAAAGGACUGGAAGUGGAAGAGCUUGAAAAAUAAAAUGAAAUAAAAAUGUUUUUGACCAGUUCAUCUGAUAAACUACUAACACUGGGGUAAGAGACUUCCACCUAGGCCCUUCUUCAUCAAGUGGGAUAAUGGGAUAUUACAACUUCAGUCUGUAGGUCCUACCUGAUAAAAGUCCUGUUGUUAUGUCCUUCAACUUUAAUUUUGGUCUAAAUUGGCUUGGAGAGCUCUGUCUAUGCCUCCUUUCUGUCUCAGGUUGAAAUGUUCUGGGCACUGUGAACGGUGUGUGAAAUAAACAAGUUGUUGAGGCCACUCAGUGGCAGGAGUGUGGUUCUCCUUCA